GUGAGAACGCUGAACUCUCUGGCUUAGAAAGGAUCUUAGCAAGACAUCAGUUGCCAAAAGAGAUUCAUUUGACCCCAAAGCCAAGUACAAUGCCAAUAUGGAAAAGAAAACGUAUCAACAAUGUAACUGAUGAGUGGAAGAAGUGCCACUUGUGGAAGAAAAAUGCAAAGGAGCCUCCAAUGUCCACCGUAGUUGUCAGGUAG